UUCUGUUUACUCUUGGAUUGCCCUUUUCUUCGAUUACACAUUUAUCGACCGAAUUAUAUUUACUGUUGAUCGGGAUUUAUGAAUCGGUUCGAGAUUUGGAAGGCAAUUUAAUGCCUGCUUAUGGAAUAUAAUGCGUUGGAGGUUUUGGGAAGCAGUACAUAACAAUAAUAAUAGAACCCGAGGCCGAUAAACAGUGAAGCGGGUCCUCAGGUUUUGACACUUUUCAAAGCAAUUUGUGAACAAACUGCACACAAACAGGGGCUACUGGUAUAAGUUAAAAGACGCCUUGAAGGAGCCAUGACCGGGUUGAUGCGGGCAGCAUCGGGGGUCCUAGCAUUAGUAGUGUUAUUACACCAGCUUGUGAAGGUUGUUGACGGAGAUUGCAUGUACCGGCCCGAUGCGGGUGACGUCAUUGUGUGUAGGAGUUGUUCAAUGGGAAAUCGCGUAUCGGCACACUGCACGCGGGACGCCGACACUCAAUGUACUCCCUGCGAACCAGGAACAUACGCCGACACAUGCAAUGACAACUUCGAGUGUAAGCCGUGUGACACAGAGUGUCGAGGAGAGGGCUGGAUGGUGAGCGUUCCUUGCACCACCACAGCAAACUUACGGUGUAAGUGUGGUCCAGGCUAUCAGUAUCGGUGGAGAAACGGCAUCAUUUACUGCCAGAAAUCACCGCCAACAACAGCGCCACCUGUUACGUCGACACCUCCCACAACCAGACGAGGCGCCCCCACCCGGCAGUUCACGCCAUCAACCAAGACAACCACAACCACAACCAGUAAACCAGUCGCCAGCUCCUCAACCACAGUGAAAGCUAGCGUGGCGCCGCCUAGGGCACUGCAAAAUACAGGUGCCGAAUUUCAACCAAAAUAUGGGGUCCUCUUCUACGUGUUCCACGGGGUUGAAAUCGGAUUGUGUAUCAUCAUUCUUCUCUUUUUAUGCGGAGUCUUAACAAAAUGUCGACCAGUGAAAAAGUCGAGUUUCUUCAAGCCCGGAGUGUUGACGUACCCGGGAUCGAGGCUAGAUGACAUAGAUGGAAAGGUGGAUUACUUGGCCCAGGAGCUCGGCUAUUACCGCCAUGAGCACGCGCCGAGCACGUUAGACAGGAUACUGCAGGCCUUGGAAUUGCGUCGGGGAAUUCAAGUAAUUGACUCCGGUUCCCACUAUCGCCUGCCACCGCCUCACCAUUACAGCAAGGCUUGACUUGUCACGUGGAACAGAGAUCAUUCUGAAAUUGGAGCGUCUAGCGCGAGAUCUGAUUCGAAUGUGCUUUAUAUGCGAGUGAAAAGCACGUCGUUCUCUUGUUACUGAAGCAACACUAGACCAAACUCAAUAUGACGUCACAAACUAGUACGUCCAUGGCGCCAGUGAUGACGUAGGAUGUCUACGUGACGUCAAAAUAUGAGAGUGCGACAAUCUUUCAAACACUGAACCCAAAAUAGGUAAGCUUACCGCUACAUUUCCAUGGUAAAACCCCCUAAACUAUCAUCUGUUAGUCAUGAUAACUAUGCAAGCGAAGCAGAAUCCCUUGACAGGAGCCGUCCAAAAGCCGUUGUAAUGAAAACACUUGCUGCUUAAUUUGGCUUACGUCACGCUGAAGGUUAACCCCAAACAGACAGUGAAUUCGUGGCAGUGACUACGGACAUGUUAUUACUAGGGGUCUAACUUUCCGCCGUUAGAGGGGUAUACUUCUCAAAUCUGCGUAUAGCAAUGUACAUGUACUGUUCUUAAAGUACAUUUCAGCCAGCUUCGUGAUGUUAUAACAAUUUGUGUGCUUUCUCUGGCGGUACAAGAUGAUGAUUAUGUCAGCACCACCUGCCCGUUUUACUUCGAGAGCUUCUAACAGACGCUGCAGCAUUAAGGCGUCUUAUUUAAACUGUUAAGGUACAUGUAUACCCUAAACACCAAUGUAAGGAGAAGUCGGAGGGGGAGGAGGGCGGUGAGGAGACACAGAACAUUCCUCUAAAAGGGACCAGAAAGGGGUAGUGGUAACGGUAAAAUGUUUUACCUCGCAUCGCUCGGCAAAUGUUAGAGAACAGACGGGGGCCAUAAUAUUAACAUAUAUGCAGGGCAUUGGUUUUAAAAAAAUUGGGUUUGUUUCAUGUCGUUCAUUAUACCGUUUUAUAAUUAUAAUAAUUUUAUUUUAUUAUUAUUAUUUU